AUGAAUCCAUCGGCCUUCCGUACGGCUUCGCGCCACCUUCAGACCGCAAACCGCCUGUGUAGGGCGCCCGGAACUGCGCGCAAUGCUUCCGUCCGGGGAUACGCCACUGCCUUUAACUGGGAAGAUCCGUUGGUCGCUUCGGAAUUGUACACAGAAGAGGAAUUGGCUAUUCAAGACACAGCUAGGCAGUACUGCCAGGAGCGAUUGCUACCCCGCGUUCUAGAGGCCUACCGAAACGAGAACUAUGACCGCCAGAUCCUAACCGAGAUGGGCGAACUUGGCCUCCUUGGAGCGAGCAUCGAAGGAUAUGGUUGCGCUGGCGUGAGCACGGUUGCCUCCGGUCUGAUCACAAAGGAAGUUGAGCGUGUGGACUCAGGAUAUCGUUCAGGGAUGUCCGUGCAAAGUUCUCUGGCCAUGACGGCCAUCCACGACUUCGGUACUCAGGAGCUCAAGGACCGACUCCUACCGGAUCUGGCAAAGGGAAAGCUGGCUGGAUGCUUUGGUCUCACCGAACCCAAUCAUGGAUCCGACCCAGGCUCGAUGGAGACGGUGGCGCGGGAGCACCCUACCAAGAAGGGGUACUAUCUGUUGUCUGGCACAAAGACCUGGAUUACCAACUCGCCCAUCUCCGACGUCUUGAUCGUCUGGGCUAAGUUGCAGACCACGGGCAAGAUUCGCGGAUUCGUGGUGGAGCGCAGCCAAUGCCCCCCAGGGACUCUGGAGACGCCUGCCAUUAAGAACAAGACUGCGCUGCGCGCUUCCAUCACCGGCAUGAUUCAGUUGGAUGACUGUCCUGUCCCUGCGGAGAACAUGUUCCCUGACGUCCAGGGGCUUGUUGGCCCUUUCACCUGCCUCAAUAGCGCUCGCUUGGGUAUCGCAUUCGGUGCGAUGGGUGCUCUUGAAGAUUGUCUGAGCCGCGCGCGCACCUACGCCUUGGAGCGCAAGCAGUUCAAGGGUAACCCGCUGGCGAAAUACCAACUGAUUCAGAAGAAGCUGGCGGACGCUGCCACGGAUGCCGCGUACGGCACUCUGGCUGCGACCCAAGUAGCCAGGCUGAAGGAUGCUGGAAAGUGUACCCCGGAGAUGAUCUCGAUGGUCAAGAGACAGAACUGUGAUCGAGCCCUGGCGAACUCUCGGAUUCUUCAGGAAGUGUUCGGCGGUAAUGCGGCCAGCGACGAGUACCAUAUCGCGCGGCAUGUCGCCAACCUGUUUGUGGUGCAGACAUAUGAGGGACAAAGUGAUAUCCACUCCUUGAUCCUCGGACGUGCCAUCACCGGCGUGCAGGCAUUCUACGAUCCCCCCUCCUCCUGCUCUGCUGGUCCCUCCGGAGAUGACCUGUUCCACUGGCAAGCAACUAUCAUGGGUCCUGGUGACUCUCCAUACUCGGGAGGUGUUUUCUUCCUGAACAUCCACUUCCCCACCGACUACCCCUUCAAGCCCCCGAAGGUCAACUUCACCACCCGGAUCUACCACCCCAACAUCAACUCCAACGGCAGCAUCUGCCUUGACAUUCUCAGAGACCAGUGGAGCCCUGCUCUCACGAUCUCCAAGGUGCUGCUCUCGAUCUGUUCGAUGCUCACAGACCCCAACCCCGACGACCCGUUGGUGCCCGAAAUCGCUCACGUGUAUAAGACGGACCGUCCCCGGUACGAGGCGACCGCGCGUGAAUGGACUCGCAAAUAUGCCAUCUGA